AUGGAUUGCCGUGUCUGUUUUCCACAGGAUCCAUGGCUCCAUAUUUUCAGGAAAAAUCUCCACUUGAAAUGUAGCACAUUGGAGUAUGCUCGCAAAGCGAUCUUGUACAAUCCUUGCAAUGAUACUAGCUGUUCUUAUGAUAAAUAUAAGAUAGAAGAUGGCCAAACACUAAACACACACCAGGAAUGUGACGGUUUUGCUCUCCAUGACGUGGCAUACGUAUUUAAGUUGGGAGAUGAAGCGUUUAUAAACGUUUCAGACUAUAGAAUCAACUUGUACAAGAUUUAUCUUGUACUUACAGAGGCUAUUAGGCGAAUAAAAACACUUGAACGCUCAGAUACCGAGUAUGAUGCCUGUAGAGAGCGUCUCUCUCAGCUUCUUUUUCUCCUCAAAAGAUUUAGCCAUUAUGCCACAAUAUCUACGAAACUAUCGAGUGGGUCGUUGUCUAACUUGCAUAGUAAUGUCAACACCGUCUCAAUGUGUAAAUCUCAAAGGCCAGAAAGGCACAAAGAUAUUACAUCCAAAUUCGAGAUUGACCAGAAUGAAUUGGAUAUUGUGAUUGGAGCAAGUACAAUGGAUGUAGAUGAUAACUCAGUAGAGAAUAAGAACUGCACAUUGCCUAUAAUAAGUUGGUCAUUUUUUAGGCGAGCAAAAUGUGAAGAUAUAUUUGCAUUAUUGUGUUAUACACUGGCUACUGGUAGCUUUGAUGCAUUUGAGGUAAUACUCAACAAUUCAAGUCCUUGUAUCCGUAAACAUGUAAAGGAUCAUUGGAAAGUACUACUGAGUUACAUACCCAUUUCUUCUGACUGCAAGAGUUGUUUUCCAGUCUUUGGUUCAACAUUUUCACUUCAUAAAGAACCAACUGAUGAGGAUAUAACUAACGCAACGGAUUGGUUCAUAUGGAAAACAUUUUUGAUUUUAAACUACACGAAAUCAUCAUUUUUACUGAUAAGAUUUGUGAAGAACACUUUUAAAAUAUUUGAAAAGGUUCCACAGAAUAGGCUGCAGCUUGUUGUGUUUUUGAAAUUCAUGAUUAGGCAAUACCUCAUUUAUAAAUCUUCAGCAACGAGCAACGAACUGGCAGAAGGGGAAGAUAUUUCUUUUUUUGACUACAUUGAUAUGGAUGCUGCGGAUAAGUUACAGCUUUUUUGUGAAUUGAGCAACAAGACGAUUUUAAGCAAUGAUUGUGAAUGUGGAGAUUUUGUAAAGGACAAACACAAAGUAUAUAAAUUCUGUCUAUUAUGUAGAACAAAGAGUUUAUCUAGCAAGUUAAAAGCAUUUUUCACCCUAAUAGAACCAUCAGAUGUGGAGUAUAGGUUGUCCAAUCAAUUCCUUCCACUUGAUAAAAAUUUCGGCACUUACUAUUCGUCCCUCAUCAAAUCUUUGAAUAGCUCCCUAGAAGAUUAUAUACUUAAACUAAGUGGAAAUUUUAGGGGAGAACUAGAUACAAAUGGAUUUGAAAUGUUAUACUCGUUGACUGAUGCACUUUUACAAACUGAAUUUCGUCCCAGAGUCUACAGUCUCUUGAUAGGCAUAAUAUAUAGCAAAAAUGCAGAUUUUAACAUUUUGGAACAUUAUUUCAUCAUUCGUUCCAUUUUUUCACUUGUAGGAAGUUCUGCAAGGGGUACUAUGUUUAAGGAUAACUUUUCUAUUGCAGACACACAUUUAAAUGUACUAUUUUCGAAAAAGUUUAACAUGAAAUGUAAUGUAACACCACAUCAUAGCUAUGGGAAAUUAUGUUCAGUUAUUGAGUCUGGAAGUGUCGAUGAUAUCAUACCAUUAGCAGUUGAUUGUCAGUUGGAUUUUGUUGAAUCACUUUUGAAUUUAUUACUCUUGGUAGAGGUUGAUUUAGUUCCAAGUCAUCUUUCAAUUACUCCCAUGGAACUUACAAAUGCUUUGUGUGAUACGGAUUCUAUCUUGCAUUUGCUGCAAAAAGUUCUUGUGUAUAUUAUGAAUAUGUCACUUCCUCUUCAGGAUUUCAGGAAUUGUAUCCAUGAAUUAUCUAACAUGUCUCUACACAUAUCAAGUCAUGACAUUAAUACGGUUUAUUCAUUAUUAUUUUACACAAUGUGUCUGAGUUGUGAUAAUGUUUCCUAUUUGGAGGUUCACUUGAAUAUCUGGUUGGAUUUUUGCAAAACAUCCCUAGAACAACUUGCUAAUUUUGCAAAUUCAUCACUAAAAUGCGUUUACGAUACUAUAUACAAACUGGAUGCUAUGUCAUCUUCUUAUUGCCAUCUUUUCCAGUUUGUUGCGAAUUUUUGUAAUUACACUCCAAAAAUCUACCCCUGUAAUGAUUCGGUGGAAAAAACGUUGAAAAUUUCCCAAAUAAUAACAGUAUACCUUAGAAUAAUAGGAGCAGAUUCCAAUUGUAGCAUUCUUUUAGAUUACAGGAACGUUUUUUCUCUAAUUGACAAAAUUUCAGAUAUAACUGUACUUACAAAAGAUAGAACGUUUAUGUGCAUGUUGGAAAAAUUGUGCAUGAUUCAAAAAAUAUACGAGGCAUUUGAUGUGACCAAUUCGGUUAUGAAUCUUCAUUACGUGAGGCAGGCUGACCUAUCAUACAAGAGUUAUGAAAGUCGCGACUUUAUUAUACAUUCUAUUUCAUCUUUGGCUAAUGUAAUCUAUGAAACAAGAUUCAACUAUGAAGAAAAGGAAAGAUUGACAAUAGUUGUACUUUCCUCAAUAUUGUCUAGUGUUGAACGUGAUUUGAAGUUGCGUAGCGACGCUCUACAAACAGACAUUCUGGAGAAUAUUGCUUCUAUAUUAUGCCCUAGGGACAUAAAAAGACACAUUAUUACGCUGGUUAAUGCCAUAGGUAACUUAUCUUGUAGCAACUCUCCAGCAGUUGGAGAACUCUGUGCCUCACCUGUUUCUUCUUUGGCGGUAACCUUUUUUACCCUAAUUGUAUUAAAAUCAGAAAAUUUGUCAUAUAUUGCAACAUUCUUGCAUAAAUUUCAAAAGAAUCAACUUAGAAAGCCAUUAUCAUUUAUACUUGGAAACAUAAAUGCGUGUUAUUACUUGCCUGAUCAUGGGUAUGAAUUGCAAGAAGGGUGUAAUAUUAUUAGCCUACUUAAGAAUGAAUUAAAACAUAACAUACAAGAAGAUUUAACGGGUUCUGCUUUAACUCUUGAACAGGAAAUUUUCAAGGCUCUGAACACCGUAAAUAUAUCAAAAGUGGAUGUGAAGAAUUCUGAAAAGGUUAAGGUUUCGUUGGAGAAAUUUGCAAAUCGCAUAAGUGGAAAUGUCGCUUCUGGAUUUAUCAGUGCCGCUUUAGAAAAGGCCGAUGGUUUAUAUAGCAUGACAAAGGUGCCAAAAUUUGAGAGUAUAAAGGAGAGAUUUUGGCGCUCUGCAAAGAAGGAAACGAAGAGCUGCUUCUUGCCUAUUUUGAACUACUUUGACUCCACUCCACUUAUAUAUGAGAAUAGUGGUAGUGAAAAUUUAAAGGUGCCUGAUAUUUUGAGCUGGAUGUCCCUUGAAGACUUUGAUUUGUUACAAUUAAUUAAAUUGGAUGCUGAUUUAGCGUCUUUUACAUUAAUGGAACUAUGCGCUUUCGAGUUAAAUCCAAAAUUUGUCACUCUUGUUCUAUACUCCCUUAAUACCCUUGACACUUUUCAUAAUCUAAGGUUCCUUCAAUCUUUAAUACUCCAUGUAAAACACCUUGGAUGGCCAAUAGUUGAACCGCUAGGUUCAAUUUGCAAUUUUUUGACAGUUUUGAAUACUAUCCCAUCCGAACCACGGAUUGUUUUGGGCUCUUUCAUACGCGAUUCUACUUAUAGGAAGGGUGUAUUUUCAGAAAGGUUCGUUUCCAACAAUUUGGACGUUGUAAAAUAUAUUUAUGGAGUAUUGCAUUCUCUUUAUACGUGCUCAUCACUAGAAUCGCAAAUUAACGAUGACUUUACAACUUGUUUGAGUGAGGAUUAUAUUUCAAACAUUUUCUUUGAUGGAAAAAUCGAUAUCCCCAAAGAAUUCAAGAGUGCCGAAAUUUUUGACGAAUAUGUAAAUGUAUUACUUGCCUCUUAUGAAACGUUAUUUAUAGAGCAAGAUGAAUCGGUUUAUCAUUCCUUUCAUCGGUUAGAACCUAUGUUUCUAUUCCAUUCGGAUGCAUUCUCAAAUUGUUUGCUCCGGAUAUACGAACACUCUCAGAACAUGGAUAGUCGGUUCUGGUUAUUGUGGCGUUACAGUGUUUACAAACUACUGCUUAUUGACCCAAAUAUUGAUGUCUUUGAUAUGCUGUAUAUUCCUCGUUCUCUAUCUGUAAUCCAGAUGCUAGAAUCAAUUGCAAAAACACUUCCAAAUUUUAAGAUUUCGGUUAUAGACGACAAUAUUAAGGAGUUUAAGCGUGCUCUAAUGGAUGAGGUGAAUAUUGAAAAUUAUUUUUAUAUCUCCAACGCUAUGGAGAAUGUUGACAGGUCAUUUUCGGAGGCUGUUUAUCGCAAUAUAGAGUUGAAACUGAGACCUCAUUCCAACGAUACAUUUGAUUCUACUCGCAACUUGUUUGAGUUCGACUUGAGCUUGGCUACAUUAUAA